GAAAAUUGAGAUGAGCUCUUACGUCUGAGGGACAACUAAUUGUUUUAUUUUUCUCCAGCCUUAAUGAAAAAUUAAAUAAUGUGGUUUCUCUGUGUGCUGUUUAUAACUGUACAGUCUCGUAUCACACUGUGUUUGAUAAGAUUGGGCCACACUCAUAUUUCGAUGAUGUGCAUUCUCAAAUAUCACAGUUAACCUAAAUAUGAUUCUGGCCUUGUUGUGGUCCUUCCCGUUGGUCCUAACUUUUAUUAAAGCCACCCCCACUCCGGAGAGCAAAAGUUUCGAUGAAUUACUAGAUGCAUUCAUGGUCACAGAAACCAACCGCGCAAACGGCAUACAAAAUGCGAUAAGACUAGCCAAGGACCGCCAAAAAGAUGUGACGGUGAAAUUUUUGGGGGUCAUUGGAGAAGCGAACGAGGUGCUGGUGAAAGUGCGGAAGUUCUUUGAUGCUGGUAGGAUUCUGUUAUAUUAUAAACAGGGCAUAGCAAGGAUACCUGAGGCAGAAGUAAUUGCGAAAACUCAGCUCCUGCAUAGGGAUAACUACUUGAAUAAUCAGUUGCACAGACUGGCUGCGAUCCAUAAAACUUUAGAUAGUCUGAUGAGAGAGGUGUCUCAGGCUGAGUUGAUUUUAGUGCAAUCUGUGAUCACUGCUCUUGAAAAGAGCGAAGAGGAACUGGUCCCAUUGAUGAAGAAAUUCGAUGAGGUUGUGGAUGAGCUUCAGGAGGAGACAACCACAGUUCCAACUCCAACUUCAACUCAGCAGAACAAGAGUUUCGACGAUUUACUGGAUGUAUUCAAGAGCGUGGAGAUCAACCGGAAAGCCAUCAUAAAGGAGGCAAUGGAGGCAGCCUCGAUCCAGAAAAAUAACAAUACCGUAAAAUUCCUAGGAAUAGCCGGGGAGGCGGAUGAAAUAUUGGUGAACGUGCGACGCUUUUUCGAUGCUGGUCGGAUCAUGUUCAACACAUACAAGCGCCGAUUGACCUCUAUGGAACAAGAUGUGAAAGAGAAAACAAAGCUCCUACGAGAGGAGAAUUAUAUGAAUAAUCAAGUGCGAAGGCUAGCUGCAAUGUAUUCACUUUUGGAGGAGCAAAUACGCCUACUGCCCGACGAGGAGUUGAACAAGCUACGACCAGUGAUCGACAUCCUUAAGCGAAGUGAACAGAAAAUGGGUCAACUUGUAACACAAUUCCAAAUCGAUCUAGAUAAGAUGGAAAAAGUGCCUAUAAAGCAAUAUAUCAUUAAACCAACUUGAAUCAUGAUAAUUAAAUCUCAUCCAGACCUGAUUCUGUCACUACACUGAGGAAAAACUCUCGGUCACAUGAACCAUACUGUCGUGCUAAGAAGGUACCCCUCAGACGUUGUCAUAGCUCCCUAAAUAAAAAAAAAUUGGGAAAAUUGUGUUCAUAUUGUUUUUUUUCAAAUUUUUUAGACAAUUUUUCUUCAAUUUAAUUUAAAAUAUCUGAAAAUUCCAAGAAAAAAUAUGCAUGACUUUCCUAAAAAGACAUGUUUCAUCCGAGGAAAUUUGGCAACUCUCGAAUGUUUAUACGGCGUUUUUCCUUAGCAUGACAACACAAUUUAUGGUGCGGUAGUAGCAGUGUGUUGCACCAUUUGGUUCAUGUAAUAGUAUUUUCGAUUCAUGCAACCAACAACUUCCUUUACAGUUCAGUCCAUGCAACUGAACUUUUUCCACAAGUCGGUUCAUACUGCCAAACUCCUUCCGCAGGUCGGUUCAGUUUAAAAGUAUACGGUUACGUUAACCGGAAAGCGUCUAUUUAGGAGCCACACUAUAGUUCAUAUGUCCGAUAUUUUUUUCUCAGCAGUGUACAAUCCAGGAUUCAUUUCAUCCACGAUACGGUAUCUAAUCGUUUUAGGAGGUUGUAAGGAAGGAACAUAGAGUUGGUAUCACGUAGCAAACGUAGCAUCAUAAACCUAUUAAUUUCAGAAAAAUCCUGAAAGUAAUAAGAGACGCGUAUCGAUGGCUAAGUGUGACACCACGAAUCAUCAUUGCGGUGUUUCAAAAUCUUCGCUCCUAGUUUAUUCUUUCGAAGAUGAACCAGUCACCUUAAUUGCUUGAAAUUUAUACAGAAUAUUCUAAUAACAAGAGAAAUAUCAAGAAAGUUUUCAGGAAAUUACGUUGACUAGUUUUCCAAGGAAAAAAUAAAGUAUGCCUGCAAGUCUACAACUGCGCAAACGGAGAUACCUGGUCUUGAACUUUAGCUAUUGAUAUUUAACUUUAGUAACGUAGCCAACUAGGGCUCUCGUUAAAGUAACUUACCUACUUACACUAACUUUAACUGUGUGGAUUGUAAUUGAUGAAUGUGUUUUGAUUAAUCCUAUUUUCAUUGCAAGCAUAUCGUGUGUUAUUUUUACAAUUUUUUGCUGAGAGGAACGAGUUAUUAAAAACCAAGCAAAAAAGUCCUGCCACCUUCAGCCGCAGUUUUCAGCAAUUAAUUUUUUUAAAGCCCUACAAAUCUGAAAUUUGUUGUUGCGAGGACACAUCGUAAGAUUUUAAUUUGAUAUAUUGAUAAUGCAAACUUCUCAGAAAUACUUACUUCGCAACAUUCGUUAAUUUAUUUUUAGAAACAUCGUUUACUCCUUUCUUGUUACACUAUAUUUGCCUCCUUUAAAAAAAAGGAUUUGUUUUAUUUUGUUAAUUGCGUUCGCUGACAGUAAAAAUUCUUAAUGAGAAAA